AUGGCUAAAGUAGAAAGCAUUUUUGCAGGGUGUAACAAGAACCUUGGCAUAUUUGAUUACAAUGCUAACCUGAAAAUAGUUGCAUAUGGUUCGUCUAACACUGUUUCGAUUAGCACAUCUAUUUUUCAUUCCCGAGGGUAUGAUCCUACUGCACAAGUUUAUAUCACUCUGAAAAAUCACACUGAGGAAAUAACUGCGAUUAAAUGGAUUCAAUCCACUAACCUUUUGUUAUCGGGAUCCCAAGAUGGUGUGGUCAAUGUUUGGAUGUUCAGUCAAAAGGAAAAUGGUAUACUGGAUAUUCAAUUCAUCCAAGGACUUAAACCAACACAGGGUGCAAUUUCAUGUAUUGGGCUUGUUUCCAAUGAUGCAAAUUGUCUGAAAUUUGCCGUUGGUGAUAGUAACGGUAAGAUAUACAUCUAUUCACUUGACUCAAAAGUCAACAAGUUUGAAGAGAUUGCAAAUUUUGAGUUGCCAUAUGGAUUCUAUGCAAUGGCUUUAAACAUGAUUAAAUUGUCUGACGCCGAAUACAUAAUUCUUUCCGGAGGCUCCAAACCUGUUAUCAAUGUGAUAUCAUUGGACAUGUGUACUAUGAAAAUGACAUUAAAAGCUUCUCUCCCUGGACACGAUGACUGGGUAAGAUCCAUUGCGAUUCGUCAAUUGGCUACUACAAUGGAAACUGUUGAAGGUGUUACAUAUCCUAAAACAACAUACAUUUUUGCUUCUGCCUCUUUGGAUCGUAUUAUUAGAUUGUGGAAAUUGACUAUUGAAGCAUCCAGCAACCCUGUCUAUGUGGAAACCAAUAAGUUGAAACUCUUGACUUCAAAAGAAUACAGAUUUGAGACAGCAACCAAUCGUUGUUGUAUUUUCUUAGAUGCAAUCCUAAUGGGUCAUGAUGACUGGGUUUCUGAAGUCACCUGGAAACCCAGAAAGAACGAAGGUCAAAAAGAAUUUGAAAACGAAAACGAUCUUAUGUUGUUGUCGUCAAGUGCAGACAGUUCUAUAAUGAUGUGGAAAUCAGAUCCUAUUAGUGGUGUGUGGUUUCCGGAAGUAAGGCUUGGUGAGAUGGCAAUAAAAGGUGCCUCAACAGCUACAGGUUCAUCGGGUGGAUUUUAUUGUUCUAAAUGGAUUUUUGAUGAGGAUACAAACACUGAAAUUGUUUUGAGCAAUGGUAAGACAGGAUCGUUCCGUUGCUGGGAGAAGGAUUUGGUCAAAGACAAAGUUUACAACUCACGGACAACCUUUGUUGGAGCAGCUAGAGCCAUCACAGAUAUAUCAUGGGCUGCUAGUGGCGAAUACUUCCUUGCCACUUCACUAGAUCAAUCUACAAGACUAUAUGCGAAGUGGAGUCGAGACGGAGAGAAAUGGUUUGAAUUUGGGCGUCCGCAGAUCCAUGGAUUUGACAUGAUUACGGUGAAAAGUAUCAACGGAACAAGGUUUGUCAGUGCUGGUGACGAGAAAGUCAUCAGAGUUUUUGAUAUGCCCAAGAGUAUUGCUGGUAUGUUGGGCAAUGUUUGUGGUUUGACUGAGUUUCAGAAAGGCGAAAUUGAGGAAAAUUUACCUGAGUCUGCAAGUUUGCCAGUUUUAGGAUUAAGUAAUAAAGCCACGUUGGAUGGUGAUGUCAUCGGGGGCAACAAUGGAGAUGAAGGGGGUGAGGCUGGAGGAAGUGUUGGUAACGAUAUCAGCAAUAGUAUUAUGAGUGAGCUAAACGAGCCCCCUGUAGAAGAUAUCUUACAACGUCACACGUUAUGGCCAGAACUGGAAAAGCUUUAUGGACAUGGGUUUGAGAUUACCACAUUGGAUGUUUCAAGAGAUGGGAAGAUCAUUGCAUCUGCGUGUCGAUCUAAUGUCGCCAAGCAUGCAGUGAUCAGAAACUUUGAUACCGGCAACUGGCUUGAGUAUGAAGAUACGCUGAAGGGACACGAUUUAACCAUCACUCGGUUGAGAUUCAGUCUUGCCGGAGAACAAGAGUAUUUACUGUCCGUUUCUAGAGAUCGUAAGUUCACAUUGUGGAGAAGAGGAGUGAAUGAGAAAUUUGAGUUAGUGAAGCUGAUGGAAAAGGCACACAGCAGAAUUAUUUGGGAUUGUGCCUGGGUCAAUUACGAGGAUGUAGUUGCGUUUGUGACGUGCUCUAGAGACAAAGAGGUGAGGUUGUGGGUCAAGGAAGCAGGCGAUAGCGGUGACGUUGUCUGUAAAGCAAGUGUCAAGUUCAGCAGUGCUGUUACGGCCAUCGAUUCGAUCAAAGUCAACGAUGAAGGGAGAAGUGUGUUCAAGCUUGUCAUAGGAUUGGACAAUGGUGAGGUUUACGUCUAUAGAGUUGAUGUGGAGAAGUUCGAGUUUGAAGAGCUUGAGAAAAUUGAGCAGACGCUGUUACCUGGCGGUGGCAUCAGUCGGCUUAAAGACGUUGCUAGGAUCAGUUACGACAAGGAGAGAUUUUCAUGCUAA